AGGCUGCCACAGUCGCCGCCGUCCGAGCGUCUGGAGGGACCUCACCGUCCUCCAGCUGCGGGAUUCGAGUGCACUUGCCCAGCUUUCCUUCGAACGUCCAUCCGUGGUAAGGGCACUCGAUGCAUCCCGUGGAUGGAUCAAUACGUCCCUCGCUAAGGGGUGCAAGACGAUGUGGACAGGCAUCUUUGACCGCAUUCCAGCGCUUUCCAUUGUUGUCCCACCAUAUUACAAUUG